AUGACUCAAACUCACAGAGAUCGUAUGGCUACAAAAGUAAAAAACAAUUUUACUUCUCUUUCGUUCGUAUCACAACCAUUAAUAUGCGUAAAUAAAUCAUUAACAUCAAUGCAUGCUGUUAAUAAACCACAUUCGCUUUACGAUUCAAAUUCUCAUAGUUUAUCGUCGAGUAGUCACACUACAGAAGAUGAUAAUAUCGAUUGGGAACUUGUUACGCAACAACUUGAAGCUAAAUUGCGAACUUCAACAGAUAAUAUUCAAUUACAGUCUGAUGAACAUGAUCACAUAAAUUCAUCGUCUACGGUAUCAAAACAAUCUAAAUUUCACGCAAUAACUGAUCACCAACCUACAGUCCUUGAACAAACAUCAUCAAUGGUGGCAUUUCAAAAUAACGACAACGCAACUCUGUAUUCAGUAUUAUCUAUGAACAAACAAACUAUGAAGGCAAAUGAGGAAAAUUCUCUAGUCGAUGAAAUUGCAAUGAACCGAUCUACAUUUUCAAAGUCAAUUGAUCAAACAUCUAUACUGCGUAAAUUAUAUGAUGAAUUGCUUGUUUGUCAACAAAGACAAGCAUUUUUAUUAGAACAGAUUCAACAAAUAAUUAAACAACCACAAAAGAAAUCUUCAUCAUUAAACUUUUUUUUACCUUUAAAUUCAUUGAAUAGUAAAAGUAACGAUAUACCAUCAUUACAAGAUGCAUUUCAACAACGAAAAUCUUCCUUUAUUCAACAAUCAAAGGAACGUAUUGAUCGAAUUCAUCGUCACACUAUGAAAUCUCAUCGUUGCAUUAAGCCUAAUAUAAAAUCAACGAACAAUACCUAUUUAAAGCAAAGGCGACAGAAUGAACACGAUCGUUUAUGUACAAUGAUAGUAAAACAUCAAAAUCGAGAGAAUGCAAAAGUUUAUGGAAAUUUAAUAAAAAAAUCAAUUAUAUCAUAA